GACUCUUUCGGCUUUCCGUAGUCGCCCACGCAUCCCGGGCUCCCGGAGGGCGCGCUGCGGCGGAGAGAGCACCCGGUGCGCCCGGCGCCUGCGACGCCUGUCCCGGGGGCAAGAGCAUCAGUUUCAAUCUGGGAACCUUUAAAUGAAACUUGCUUAAAAUCUACAUCAUACGUAGAAGAGAGGCCUCAAUCAACGACAAGGUGGAAAAGAGUGAUGUUGUCCUUAACAAACCUGCAGAAUAUCAUCUAUAACCCGGUAAUCCCCUAUGUUGGGACCAUUCCUGGGGAGCUGGAGCCUGGAACGUUGAUUGUAAUACGUGGGCAUGUGCCCUGUGAUUCGGACAGGUUCCAGGUGGAUCUGCAGUGUGGGAGCAGCGUGAAGCCGCGCGCUGACGUAGCCUUUCAUUUCAACCCGCGUUUCAAGUGGUCCAACUGCAUCGUGUGCAAUACUCUGAAAAAUGAAAAAUGGGGAUGGGAAGAGAUCACCUACGACGUGCCUUUCAAAAAAGAAAAAUCUUUUGAAAUUGUGAUGAUGGUGUUGAAAGACAAAUUCCAGGUGGCUGUAAAUGGGAAACAUACACUGCUCUAUGCCCACAGGAUUAGCCCAGGGAAAAUAGACACUCUGGGCAUUUAUGGCAAAGUGAAUGUCCACUCAGUUGGUUAUAGCUUCAGCUCGGAUUUCAGAAGUACCCAAGCAUCUAUUCUGGAACUGACAGAGAUAAGUAAAGAAAAUGUACUGAAGUCCGACACACCACAUUUUCCUAGUAAUAGAGGAGACAUUUCUAAAACCGUACCCAGAACUGUCUACACCAAGAGCAAAGGUUCGACUGCCAAUCACACUUUGACUUGCGCCAAAAUACUACCUACCAGCUGUUUGUCAAAGACUCUGCCAUUCACUGCGAGGUUGAACUCCUCCAUGGGCCCUGGACGAACCGUCUUCAUUAAAGGAGAAGUGAAUAAAACUGCCAAAGGCUUUAAUGUUAACCUAGUAUCAGGAAAAUCAAAGGAUAUUGCUCUUCACUUGAACCCACGGCUGAAUAUGAAAGCAUUUGUAAGAAAUUCUUUUCUUCAUGAGUCCUGGGGAGAAGAAGAGAGAAAUAUUACCUGUUUCCCAUUUAGUCCUGGGAUGUACUUUGAGAUGAUAAUUUAUUGUGAUGCUAGAGAAUUCAAGGUUGCGGUAAAUGGUGUACACAGCCUGGAGUACAAACACAGGUUUAAAGAGCUUAGCGAUAUUGACACGCUGGAAAUUGAUGGAGAUAUUCACUUACUGGAAGUAAGGAGCUGGUAGCUGAUAUGCUUGCUACAAAAACUGAAAUACAGAAUGGCUUAUGUAACCCUGGCCUUGUUAAAAUGCAUCUAUUAUAUUUGUGUAUAUAUAUUGUUAAAAUGAGCUUGCAUAACAUGAAGUCCUCCUAGGUGUUCUCAGUCCUUGCCACGCAUUGUGGCUUUGUCUAGCACAGACUAAGGACAUUUGAGGCAACAGGUAACUUAAAAAGUCAUUAUUCAGGCCUUCCUGUUCUCUCUCCCACUCUGGCCUCUGCUUCACAUUCAACAAGUAUCGGUUGAUACAGAAGCUAAUGUGCAUGGAGCACUUAUUCUCUGUCAGCCCUGUGCUAGGAGCUGUGGAUAGAAGUAUACAGUGGAGCACAGUGCCACUCUGUUCCCUGUUCUCUUGAGCUCAGAAUCUUCUUUGCUCUCAUAUCAUUCCACUGAUUUUUCUACAGGCAUUAAUCACAUAAAGUAACCAGAGAUAAUUACUCAGCUGUGAAAUCACCUCCAUGAACUAAUUUACAAAACAUUACUUCUCCAUCGAUCACUUUCAUACCCAAAGUUCAAUCAUAUCCCAUAAUGGAAAGGACUGAUGUUGCCUUACAUCUGGCAGUUUCCUUUAGCACGAUAAAUACCCAGCUGUACUAGCUGUAAGCAUUUCCGAGUAAUUUAACACUACGAAAUCUGAACACAGCACAAAGAUUAAGGCAAAAAACAAACACAGCAAAACAAAACCAAUGGUAUUAAAAUUAACUUGAUGUCAGGCCCCUGAUGUCUGUACCAGUAAAUGCUUAGAGUACCUGAAUUCAGGGUGAGUCCGAAGUCUACACAUACUCCAGUAGAAAGUUUAAGGUAGAAGCCUUCAACGAAACAAUGUCAAGAUGAGGUUUCAUGACUGUUCAUAAAAUAGGCACUAUCAAUCAGAGGGUAAACUACACUGAGACCAAUGGAGCAGAGAGAAGUGGUGUAACAGUCUGUUCUUGGCCUCAUCCAAACCAACCUUGCCUCUCAGCUCUUCUAAAGAUUAGUCCCUCAUCAUCAGCGACGGAGAUCAAAACACUGUUCUACUUUAAGUGAUUAAAAUCAAACCUGUAUCAGCACGUUAAAUUGUUGCA